ACAAUUCCGUCGGUGGAGCUUAACCGCAGGUUAGAUACACAGAUAGAGAGAGAGAGAGAGAGAGAGAGAGAGAGAGAAUCGCUUCGUAUAUAAUCCAUCUAAGGUCUAGUUAGAGAGAGAAAACAAUUUCACAGAGAGAGAGAGAGAGCCGUCGGCAAUGGCAGACUCAAACGAUUCCGUUUCUGUUGACAUGGAAACGAUUUAUCUUGGCGGGAAGGAACAUAUUGUACGAACUGCCCAUGGUCCUGUGUCUGUUAUUGUGUAUGGCGACCAAGACAAACCAGCACUGCUUACCUAUCCUGAUUUAGCUCUAAAUCAUAUGUCAUGUUUCCAAGGAUUGUUCUUUUGUCCCGAAGCAGCUUCUUUGCUUCUCCACAACUACUGCAUUUACCAUAUCAGUCCUCCUGGGCACGAGUUGGGAGCCACUGCAAUUUCUCCCGAUGUCCCUGUGCCUUCUGCUGACGACUUAGCAGAUCAAAUCAUUGAGGUUCUCAACUAUUUUAGGCUUGGUUCAGUGAUGUGCAUGGGGGUAACGGCGGGUGCUUACAUCCUCACUCUAUUUGCUAUCAAAUAUAGAGAGCGUGUCCUUGGUUUGAUACUCGUAUCCCCUUUAUGCAAGUCUGCCUCAUGGACUGAAUGGUUGUACAAUAAGGUGAUGUCAAGUUUAUUAUAUUUUUAUGGCAUGUCUGGUUUGCUAAAGGAGAUCCUGCUUCACCGGUACUUCAGCAAGUUGUAUCAGGAAGUUCGCGGUAGUGCAGAAAUCCCAGAAUCGGAUAUUGUUCAAGCAUGUAGAAGAUUACUGGAUGAGAGGCAGAGCAUAAAUGUUUUGCGGUUUCUUCAAGCAAUUGAUGGGAGACCUGACAUUACCGAAGGUUUGAAGAGACUAAAAUGUCGGACACUCAUAUUUGUUGGGGAAAACUCUCCUUUCCAUUCAGAGGCUCUCCACAUGAUGGCAAAACUGAAUAGAAGAUAUAGUGCCUUAGUUGAGGUCCAGGGUUGUGGGUCAAUGGUAACAGAAGAACAGCCCCCUGCAAUGUUGAUACCCAUGGAGUACUUCCUCGUGGGGUACGGAUUAUAUAGGCCGUGCCAGCUCAGUGACAGUCCAAGAAGUCCGCUCAGCCCGUCUUGCAUCGCCCCCGAGCUACUCUCUCCACAAAGCAUGGGCUUGAAGUUGAAACCUAUCAAGACUCGGCUUUCACCCCAUGGAAAAAGUGUGCAUCGAUAAUAUAAUGCACUAGACUCCCACUGCAGCAAGGUGCGAGGUCCGGAGAGGGCAAGAUAUACGCAACUUUACCCUCAUUGUUGGAGAGAUUAUUUUCGCGGCUUGAACUUACAUCGCACAUUGACAGCCAGCCAAACGGUAAAUACUUCAUGAUGUGGGAUUUCAUGAUAUUACAGCUCGAAGAUUCGAGAGUUCAUAUGUAUAUUAUUUUAUUUUAAAAAAAAAUUCGUUCUUUUUGAUUGGUUAAGAAAGAAGGGGGGUUGGGUUGGGUUGUGAUUGUGGUUGUGGUUGUAGAUAGAGGUGGGAAGGUGAGGAAAAUUCUGCAAUGGAUAUUAUUUAGGUGGGGGGAUUUGAAUUCAUUCAUUUGUAGGCAGUGAUAAAGAUGCAACUGAAAUGUAUGUGUAAAUCCUUAGAGAGAGACAUUUAUACUUGUGAUAAUGAAGAGCAAUAAAUAACAUACAGAGAAUGUAGAAUAAUGUUAUAUGUAUCAAUUAAUGUAUAUACUAGAACAUUAAUAAAUGAUGUGAUAUCAUUUGUAUAUUUUUAAA